CUGCUAUCUGCACAAGUGUACACAACGACCGUACGUACCAUGAAGCGCGCCAGAGAAGAAAGCAGCCCCUCGAUGGUUGGAAAGGAACAACCAGCACCGUCGGUGAAAGGGAAAGGCGAAAAGAGCUCAGGGGGAGAGAGUGCGGUGGAUGCCACAUCAAGCCCGCAGCAGUCCUCCAAGAAACCGGCGGUAGCAGCAGCAGCAACAACAACAGAGGUUAAAGAUGGCGAUAGGAAUGCUCCGGCGGCCAGCAGCAGCAGCAGCAGCUCAAGUCGUAGUGGUAGUAGUAGUAGCGCGACGGGAGCAGGAGCAGGCGGGGCGAAGGCUGGGGCUGGGCCGGGCAAGGGAGCGGCGGCGGCGGCGGCGGCGGCGGGGGAAGAGGAAGUAGCGCCCCCCCCGGACGUGGAAGGGAUUCCGAACGAGACCCUUUUCGUGGGAAACCUCAGCUACAGGCGAGCUUGGAGUACCUAG